GUGAAGGCUGGGGUGAAGGCUGGUGAAGGCUGGUGAAGGCUGGUGAAGGCUGGGCAAAGCCAGGUUGCAUGGUUUGGUAGGAAGUGCCACAGACUGGCUUGGACCGCAGAGGUCAGCAGCCGUCCGAGGUCAGGGAGUGGGCAGGGCCGGUUCCUGCCGAGGCUGAGGGGAGAUGACAUCCUGCCCCCAUUUCUGCUGUCUCCUUGUCACCCACUUUUCAGUAGGAACACUAGGGACCACUCGAGGGCCACCCUGGAGAGCACCAAGUACCCGUGAAGGCGCUGUCCCCCAACAGGGCCACCUCACAGGUGCUGGGGCCGGACACCGGGUCUCACCACACUUCCCCCAGCCUGGCCAACACCCAAGGCCUGGACUCGCCUGCCUUCGUGUCUGCCCUCUCGUGGGCUUAGCGCGUGCUACUGACUUCAGUGUCUCCCAAAGAAAAUCCCCGGAAUCAACUCUCUGCACGUAUCCAGGAAAAGCCAGCUCACAGCGCCACCUUGUGGCCGGUGGGUCAAGAUGCAGAGCAGGUGGGAUCGGCCUCCUUCCAGGACUCUGCCGCCCAGCGGCCGCAGGCAGGAGCCCUCCUGCCCAGAUCCCGAGCGGGCUCCCUCCCACCAGCUUGCAAGAUCUGGGGUUCACUUCCCACACCAGCUGCAAGAAGGCUCUGCUGAUGUCCCUGUCCUCAGCAUCGGGGUCUAAAGCUGCCCUGGCUGGUGGUGUGGGCCAGGACCAGAGGGGGAGCAGUCCCCACAGCCAGGCAGGGCCUGAGCCUGACCCCAGCCACCGAGGCGAGGCCUCAGGAAGAGUGAGACCCCUGCCCUGGGCAGGGUGGGGCGGGGCCUGCACUCCCGGCUUCCAUCUCACCCUUUCCUGUUCUCAGUUCCUCCGUUUGUCCAAAGGCAGAUUGUACCAUAAAUCCGAUUUUAUCAGAAAUCACCUUCCAGCCUGCAGCAGGAGCUCUGUGGUGAGCGGCAGGGGCUCUAGUCAGUGUGGGCUCCUCCAAGCUCAGCUCACAGCUCCCUGUGUCCUGAAGGGCCCCUCCUGGCCUUUCCCCGGCCCACAGGGUCUUGGCCUCCACAGCUCUCAGCCUCAGGCUCCAGCCUCUCAUCUUGAGCAGGCCUGGGGGCAGUCAGAGCGCAGGGUGGGCGGGCUGCCGAGGCCUGCUGGCCCUCGCAGAUUCCACCUGAGCCUGGUGUCUGCAGGCCACGUGAGCUGCACCAGCAGCAGCAGCGGGAGCUUCAGGUGUGCACAGCAAGCUCCCCUGGGGUUUCCUCCUGCUUGGCAGAAGGGAAGAGUUCCUUCUCCCGGAGCCUGGCGGGAGCACAGGCCCCACUGCCCGUGGCCUCCCACUCCCCAUGUGGCCUAGGCUGGACACAGCUGAAGACCAAGGCUUGACACAGACUGAAAGUACAGAUCUGACCACAUCCAGGACCUCAUCACCCUGGAAACACCCAACAGAGCAAAGCCCCUGAGAGCUGUGAGCGCAGGGGUCAUCUGAGGCCCGAGGCCGUGUGCAGAGGCUCCAGAGAGAGGAGGCCCGUGCUGAGCCUGGGAAUAAGACACUGAAAAGAAGGCAUGACAGUGGCACUCGCCUGUGGGCUAGCCGCGGUGGUCAUGGUGGCCAGCCUCUAGACAGGCCAGGAGACGCUGCUGGUGCAAGUGUGGGUGGCCUGGUCUCCCGAAGGGGACUUGUUGGUGUGUACCAAAGCCAUGUGUGUAAGCCCUGGGCCCCGCGAGUCCCUAACCUGUGAGCACCCUGUCACAAUCGCUGGUCAGGGCCGUGGCCUGUGAGGCCCCAGGGCUUGGGGAGGCUGAGGUCUAUGAAGCAAUCGAUGGGACAGAGAAGAACGUGGGUGGAGACCACGUGCUACCAGGGUCUUGCAGAGCAAGGCCCCACCCACACAGAGGGCACAGGCCAGAACACCCGGGCAGAGUCCCCAGAUGGUCACCUUGGCAGCACGGCUCAUGUCAGAGAAGAUACAACACGGGGCUGAGCAUCUGCUCUUCCCACCUCACAAAAGUGGUCCCAUACGUCUGCCAGGUCCCAGACCUGCCAAGGCCACCAUCCUCCCUGCCCCAGCUGUGAGCACCGGAGGGGCAACACGAGAGCUGGGUGUCACACUCACAUCUGUGACACCUGCAGACUCUGCAGGAAGAGGAGGCUCAGUGCCUGUGGGGACUGUUUCCUUUAAUGAUGCUUUGAACGUUUGAUGGGGUGUAGUGUCCAUGGUGCCUGUUUAGUUUUUUAAAAAUAUAAUGAAAUAAACGUUUCAAGCGGGCACUAA